CGCGAUCGUUCGGAUCUUCCUCUCCGGAGAAAGCGAUCCAACUCAUCAACUACUUCCCUAUACCAUCUACGUCAACAUGUCGGCAUCUGUCCUUGUCAAGCAGGCCCUGCGGGUGCCCUUUGCCGCCACUAUCAGGCCCGCAUACGCCUCGCUCCUUAAAUCCCACCAGUACUCGACCUCUACAUCCGUCACUGAGACUCGGGAACCCGUCGCCCUCCAGGCCGAAAUCAUCAGUGGAGCUCCUGAGGAGGUUCGUAUGCAUCCUUGCCGCAUUUAUCAGCAAGCAAAGGCCGCCACUCAGUCUGGAAUCGCAAACACUGGAUACUGGAGACUGGAUUUCGACACCGAUCUCGAGGCUGGUCGCUUUGAGAACGAGUUGAUCGGCUGGGCUUCCAGCGCUGAUUACAUGCAGGCCCUGGCCAUGAAGUUCACCAGCAAGGAGGACGCCGCUGCUUUUGCUGACAAGCAGGGCUGGGACUACACCAUCCAGGAGCCCAACAAGAAGGUCUUCAAGAAGAAGAUCUAUGCUGACAACUUCAAGUACUCUCCCAAGAAGCUGCGCUUUGUCAAGACAAAGUAAAAAAGCGCAACGAACAAGAAAGAAACUACACAUACAGGGAAUAUACGACGAUCAGGUUCACCAUACGUUGGUGACACGCAAAAGAAACGAUUUUAGAACGUUGAAAAAUAGACAAUAUCCACUCCACUCAC